CCCCCGCUUGCUGUCCGUUGGCCGAGGCGGUCGCCGCUGCGCCGCGGGCCGCGACUCCUCCCCCGCGCGUCGGUCCGCGCGUGUCCCCGCGUCCCCGCGCCUGGCGUCCCGCGCCGGCGGAACUGUGGGAUCGCCGCGCACAGGAAGUGGCGGCGGCGCCGAGGCGGAGGGCGGCGAUGGGGGCCCGGGGCGGCGGGCGCCGCACUCGCUGAGGCCCCGACGCAGGGCCGGGCCGGGCCCAGGCCGCGCGCGCCCGACGCGAGAACCGCGACCAGCAGGUGGAGUGCAGGCGCUGGGGUCAUUCAGUAACCAGAGCCUCUGGAGGAAAACACCUGUCCACGGUGGGCCUGGAGCCCCGGAGCAGUUGACCCCAGGCCCUGCAGGUCGGACACCCUUGAGGACAGCCAUCGCCUGGCCCUGCUAGCCUGUGCCUUGGACGGCUGUUCUCAGUGAAGGACCGUGCGGCCGCCCCUGAGCAGCGACCAUGGGCCUGCUUGCCUACCUGAAGACCCAGUUCGUGGUGCACCUGCUCAUUGGCUUCGUCUUCGUGGUGAGCGGGUUAAUUAUCAACUUCACCCAGCUGUGCACACUGGCCCUCUGGCCCAUCAGCAAGCACCUAUACCGCCGUAUCAACUGCCGCUUGGCCUACUCGCUCUGGAGCCAGCUGGUCAUGCUCCUGGAGUGGUGGUCCUGCACGGAGUGCACUCUCUUCACCGACCAGGCCACCGUGGACCACUUUGGGAAGGAGCAUGUGGUUGUUAUCCUCAACCACAACUUCGAGAUCGACUUCCUUUGUGGGUGGACGAUGUGCGAGCGGUUUGGCGUGCUGGGGAGCUCCAAGGUGCUGGCUAAGAGGGAGCUGCUGUGUGUGCCUCUCAUCGGCUGGACGUGGUACUUCCUAGAGAUCGUAUUCUGCAAACGGAAGUGGGAGGAAGACCGGGACACCGUCAUAGAGGGCCUGAGGCGCUUAGCUGACUACCCAGAGUACAUGUGGUUUCUCCUGUACUGCGAAGGAACACGCUUCACAGAGACCAAGCAUCGCAUCAGCAUGGAGGUGGCUGCCUCCAAGGGGCUGCCCCCACUCAAGUACCACCUGCUGCCCCGGACCAAGGGCUUUACCACGGCAGUCCAGUGCCUCCGGGGGACAGUUGCAGCUAUCUAUGACGUGACCCUGAACUUCAGAGGGAACAAGAACCCAUCUCUACUGGGGAUCCUGUAUGGGAAGAAAUAUGAGGCAGACAUGUGUGUGAGGAGGUUCCCCCUGGAAGACAUCCCAGCAGAUGAGACCAGCGCCGCCCAGUGGCUUCACAAGCUGUACCAGGAGAAGGAUGCCCUGCAAGAGAUGUACAAGCAGAAGGGUGUAUUCCCAGGGGAGCAGUUCAAGCCUGCCCGAAGGCCGUGGACCCUCCUGAACUUCCUGUGCUGGGCCACCAUCCUCCUCUCACCCCUCUUCAGCUUCGUCCUGGGUGUCUUUGCCAGUGGAUCCCCGCUCCUCAUCCUGACGUUCUUGGGGUUCGUGGGAGCAGCUUCCUUCGGAGUCCGGAGACUGAUAGGAGUGACUGAGAUAGAGAAAGGCUCCAGCUAUGGCAACCAAGAGCUUAAGAAAAAGGAAUAAUUAAUGCUGUGAUUGAACACCCAUAACCUGAUGCGGUAUCCAAUUAACUCAAUUAAAAACAGAACACACAAGCGCGAGGGAAAGAGACACUUAGAGACUAUUUUUCUUAUUAACUGGUGACUAAUAUUAACAAAACUUGAGCCAAGAGCAAAGAACUCGGCCUGCCAGCUGAAGAUGGUCGGCCAGCACCGGCAGGGUCCCAUCAGCCCUCUGCGGGGACAGAGGCGGGUUUGGGGGAGGUGGUGGGGCCACGGCGCUCCCCCAGAACUCCACCUCCAAGAGGCAGCCUUGGCUGCUCUCCCUUCUUAAACUUAGAAUGAGGCUUUUGUUUAUUAUCAGUUAUUUGGGGGACGUAACCUGGCCCCAACCCUGUGCCCUGUGCCCCAGAACACUGGCUCUCCCUGGGUGCCGCUGCCUACUGGGGGCAGGUCAGCUAGCCCCCUGUCCUGCAGCAUUCAUCCCGCCCUGCUUGGCACCUUAGCUUCCAGCCCCGGGAGAGGGAGGAAGUCUUCUUAGAGAUAAGCACACACUGAAUGUGGAUCUGGCCCUUUUGUCCUUCCCUUGCCCUCCCUCCCCGCCCCCCCCCCUGGGGUGGGGUGGGGCUGAAGACCACACCUCCGUCCUCUGCAGCUUCUGUUGGCACCGCCUUGCUGGGGGCUGUGUCUAAGCACCUUAAGUCUCUUUUAAAAGUGAACGCCCGCCCGAGAACUCUGCAGAAUGUGGAACCCUUGAGUUCAUACAGCACCUCCAUACUGUUCCCUCUCUCUCUCUCUUCCUCUGUAGCCAGCAGGCUGCCAUCCUGCACAGGGCCAGAUGGGAAGACCGCAUGCGAGCCCCACACCUCAGAGCUGUGGUGCCUGGGGGGCUGCAGCCUAUGGAACUCCCCUGGGACACUCUUCAGAGGGCCGUGUCACCAUCAGGCCUCCCGUUCUCAGUCAGACCCCUUUAGUGCUUGUUAGCAUUAGAAUCUCUUUUUACAGGCAUUGGUCUGUGGCUGGCUCGCAGCUUCUCCCUGACCUCCUCCUAUUCUGCCUCUAUUCAGGCAGGUGUCAUGGCUGCUGACCAUACCCACCAUUGCCCCUUACCACCUCAGUGACAUACACUGUCCUGGCAAAGAACAGGGGACCUCAGCCUGCACUUGGUGCCUUGCCAGGGUCCCUUUGCUGGCCCUGGAGGCCCAUUUCCUUCUCGCUCAGCACAGGAAGGACCUGCCUGGUUUCUGGGAGACCUAGGUCCUCAGGAAACACCAUCAUAAGCUUUUACCUUCUGUCUGGAACUGGCUCUUUUAAUGUCAUUCAUGUUUUCUAACAAGAAAAAAACUGGGUAAUUUUUCCCCCCUGUGGCAUACUGCAACCAGAACUCAUAGUAAAGGCAGAGAAGAUUUAUAGUGUACACUGGAGGAAGGAGGCCUAGAGAAGCCUGAGGGCAGCCCUGGGCCUGACUGUAUGGCUCCAAGUGCUGGGGACCGAGUCACAGAAGAUGCUAAUAGCCUCACGGUCCAUGCACAAUAGUGGUUUCUCCCACUCUUGGGUAACAGCAACACACAAGGCUGCUUGUAAGGGUGAAAGGUUGAGUCAGGCUAACUGAGACAAUGAAUCUCUUCCCCUCCAGCUGAAGACUUGAGCGCCCUGGCCUCUGCCAACUACGAGCCAUCUUGGGCAUUCCUGAGGGUCUUCUCCCUCCUUGGUGGGUUUUUUCUUUCUGUCUUUGUCUGCUUGGGGUCUCUGUCUUUCCCCACACACCGUCUCCUCACAAAUCGGAAGGUAACAGGCCAAUGGGCCCUGCCCUGCAUGCACCUGCCUCCCCCCUCCCCCGCUGGGGAAAGCAACCUCAGAGCCUUUACCACUUCACUAAUGCCUCUGGCUUCCCACAGAAGCCCUGAGCCUUUGGGGUCAGCUGACCGUUGAGUCUAUGAAUGACAGAGGAUUCCGGGCUGCAGGCUCUGCCCUCCUAGGCCUGCUCAUCAUCCAAUGCAGCGCUUCUGAGAGCAAUAAAAACUACACUAGUAAUGUGGGUGUGGGCUUAUUUGAGGGUGGGGUGGGGUCAGAUUUUGCUUUUCAUCUGCUUCAGAAAGAAAAGGGGGAGGAGAGCCCCUUCAAUUUUUCUAUUAAAUUAAUAAAUCUCAGAAUAAUGCUUUUUCUCUUUUUCCUUCACACCCUACUACUGAUAGGCAUGGCAGAUGUCAUGCCCAGAUUCGGGCAGAAGUUGUGAAGCAAACUUCUGAAGCAGUUUGCUAGUCUUCAGGGAGCCCGUGCUAGAAGCAGCAGGCUUAGGAGCCAGAGGCAUUCUGGAACUGGAAUGGUUGGUGGCCUGGGGGGUGGGGGGGCUGGCCUGCUAGGCUGGCUCUGCUUCAGGCUCCCCAGGAGAGGGACCCCCACAAGGUCAGCCCAGACUGGGAUAUGGCCUCCUCCCCACUCAGGGUCAAGAGCCAGAUAAGUGAGGCUCCCAUCAUCUCCCCGAGAGACCCUUCCACUGUCCAGGUGGUCUCCCACCCCUGGUCCCUGGCCACACCCACAUACCUCAUGCAGGCCUCUCUGAAGCUGUGUUGAACUUCAGCAAUGGCUGCCAUUCUCCUGACUGCUUGUUGAGCAUCUAGGGACUGUGCUUCUCUCUCUGAGGGCUUUGUGGUAGCAUCCUGAUUGGUGACCAUCCUUGGAGAAGCAGGAGCAUCACACUAGGAAGGCUGAAUGGUCAGAAUGUGGGCAGUUCAGAGAUCAGGGACACUCUCCUUUUGACAAGACUUUUUAACCCAAAGGUUAAACAAACAAAACAAAUGCAUGCUGUUUAUGGGUCUUUGGUGAGACUGCAUCUAUGAGGCACAUCUCUGAGAUGCUGUAAGCCCUGUCCUGGGGGGAGGGGAGUGAAGGGGGAGAGGCGGAACCAGUCUGAUUAAAGAGAUGAGCUCUGAACACUCAGGCUGCUUGAUAACAAAUGGCAACAAUGUAACAACACUUUCUAGUAGGAACAGUGCAGGUGUCUCCACAGAUGCCUUGGCUGCCCCUCCCUCCCCUUUUGUGUACCUUGCCCUGAGAAUCUUUUCUACCUAGUCCAGCCUUCAUACCAUCCAAGGAAAAAAGUCUGGGUGAGCCCCAAUUUGUGUCAGGUUCAGGAUGGAAGAAUUAAGUGGCUCUUCCUGCAUGUUGCCCUGUCUCUGCCUGAGACUGUAUAGGACAAGCCAAAAGUAGCCUUUCCAGUCCUGAUGACCUGCACCUAAACUGUUUGUCCCACACAUAAACCCAAACCACUAGCUAGAUGCAUGCGACGCUUAAUGCUAGCCAUUUUGGUGUGGCUUCUAGCCCUCUACAGUGUCAUGAAGCUCAGGGUUAGAAUGGCGCACCUGAGAUGCCUGCUGCCUUCUUUCUAGAAACAUCUCUGGCCUAUGGGCCAGCCCCAAACCAAAGGCAACUGGGCCUGGGUUCGGGCACCCCUGACCUGCCUCAGGCCUUGUCCCAGAGUCUUGCCGUGGGGCUGUCAGGUGGGUACUGACAUUCACGCCCCAGAUCCCUGCAUACAGGGGCCAGGAUUUUACAAUGCAAGUUCAGGCUUUGGGCGAUCUGCUUGGCUGACAGGGUGGACACAUGAAUCGAAUUUAUCACAGGCUUUUGAAAUCGGUUAAUCCAGGGGAAAGGUGGUAUUCUCCCAAAUCACUCCAGAAAUCAACCAAGGAGAGCACUUCGCAGAGGUACCAGGGAUGGUGGCAUCCUCUCUUCACAGACAGCGACCUGUGAAACUGUGAACUUUGUGCUGACAGGUCACCUGGAGGUUUCUUUUUCUCCGUAGCUUUUUUGGGUUUCUUUCUGUUGCAAAAGUGUUCGGACAGAAGCGGAACUGUGAAUGAGACUCUGAAAUGCACUAAAUUGUAUUCUAUUAAACUGGAGUUACUUGAUUCAAUGAAGAGCUGUAGUGCUCUACUUGUAUUUAUUGUCUCAGAGUAGAAACAUUGUGACAAUCAAACAUGACUUGCCUCAAGGCCUGUACCUCCUGGCUUCUGGACCGAGUACCAGCAAGUACUAUAACUACAGGAAAUGGCUCUUUCUGGAAGCCGCACAAACCAUGGACUUUAAUGAUCAAGUGCUGCGGUGGGUGGGGCGCAAAUAUCUGGGUUGCUUUUCCAUUACUGAGAAAUUGCCAUAUCGGACUGUGGGCAGUCUCCAAGGGAUGCUUUGUCUCCAGGGUGCAACUGUGUUAAUAUGGACGUUUCCUUUUGUACUCUUCUUUUUACAAGUUUGCUACUCACAAAGCUUUCUGUAGUAAGAAUGGAGGUCUGUGCUCUAGGAAGAUGUCCAGGGCUGGGAGCUACAGUGGACUCCCCAGGCCUGGGUCUACGGCCUGGCUGUGUUGACUGCUAUGCAAAGCUCUCUCUGUCCACAGCACGUAGAAGGUCACUCCAGCGGUGUGGCACUCCUGCUUGGUGGUACUUUCUAGGUAAAAUGCAUAAGUAUCAUACUUGUUUAUUACAAACACUGUUGUGAAACAAGGGAUCAUAAAAUAUCCACAAUAUAUGAGAAA